AUGGCUGUCAUUAAUUCUUGCCACUGUUUCCACUCUCUCUCUUCUUCUCCUCCUCCUUCAUCAAUUUCUGGUUCUCUACACUCAUCACCAACACCAAGGCCUCGGAUUUCAGCCUCAACGGCCCCCUCUCACAUGGACCUACACAACCAGGGCCGUUCAAAGUUCAUGGAGUUUCCGUACGUCUCGGCCCCACACAAGAAGCUCAUGGUGGAUCUUGUAUCGACGGUGGAGAAUCGCCUUGAUUCUCAGCUCUUUCCCUGCACCCUCCCGCACGAUGUUCAGUCCUACCACAACCAAAACGGGACCUCCCAUGCUUCCCUCCACAUCAGAUCCGGCCACAAGUCGUCCCCUAUUGAUUUCGUGUUAGGAAGCUGGAUCCACUGCGAGUUACCAACAGGAGGAGCAUUAAACAUAACAAGUCUCUCAACCUAUCUGAACUCUUCCACAGACGCGCCAAAUUUCCUAAUUGAGAUCAUCAGAAACAGUCCUACAUCUCUCAUUGUUAUCCUCGAUUUACCGCCUAGAAAAGACCUCGUCCUAAUUCCAGACUACCUCAAGACAUUCUAUGAGGACACCAAGUUGGAAGCUCAAAGACAAUUGCUCGAAAAAGUCCCCGAGGUUAAGCCCUACUUCUCUUCGUCACUCUACAUCCGAUCCGUCGUUUCUCCGACGGCAAUUAUGGUCCGAAUUGAAGCAGAGGCAGUUGAAAGAUUAGAGGAGAUUAUAGAAGACUAUGUUGAUCCCAUUUCAAAAGAAGUGCUAAGGAUUUGGUUGGAGCAAUGUGCUUGUGUAAAGAGAGAGGUCAAUGAUGAGGCUGAGAAGAACUACCUUCAAAAGAGGGAUAAGUUUGUGAAGACUAAGACCAUUGAGAUUGAUUUGGCUUCGAGCUUGCCGAGAUUGUUUGGUCCAGAAACCGCGGAUCGAGUAAUGGCUGCUGUGAAAAAGUAUUUCUCCUCGUGAUGUGAUGAUUUUUGUACAACAUUUUAUGUAGCUAGCGAAUAAAUGGUGUGCGAAGAAUUUUAGAAAUUACCCUUCUAUCUAGAGAAGUGAUUUUAUCUGUACAAGUACUAACUUCUGCAUAUACAGUAUACUACUGCUCUUAUAGUCUCGUGAUCAAUGCAGCAAAAAAAAAAAAAAA